UUAGACUGUUUUAGCCUAUAGAGUGGGACCGUGGAAGUUGGUCGGGAUGAAACCAUAAAUACUGAUGUAGCGAGCUUUUUUCUGCUGUAGCAACUAGCAAGGUGAAAUACAGCGUGUGUGAUCCUCACUCUCUCUCUCUCAGAUUCUCUCACGUACAAAUGUCGUUUUCUCCGGCCGGCGAGUCACCGCUCCCCUCCGAGCUAGCCCCCGCUUCCAUGUUUGAUUCUGGUAGUCAUGUAUCCCAGCCUGUUCGUUUCGUUUUGGUUUAUACUUUCUAGUUUUUUCCGAUUUAGGGUUUUACAGCUUGGUUGUAAGGCCAUUUUCACUAUUCUGAUCGUCGUUCUGUUCUUUUUCCGAUCUCCGGUAGGCUCUGGAUCUGAGACCGGAAGUGGCACUCACGGUGGUUGUAAGGCCGCCGCCACCGGCUCUCCGUCCGGUUCUGCCUCUCACGGCAUCACCGUCUCGGAGGCCCAUAUUAACUCACAGGCCCAGAUUGACCCUCAGGUCUCCACUGACUGCACUCUGCCCGCUACUCCCUCAGCUCUGUUUUGGGGUAUGCGAUUUGCCGACAUUGUGGCUUGACUGGGUUCCUUAAUGAUGAGGCCUUCGAAGCGCACUUAAGGGAAAAUGAAGAAGAAGAAGCACAUGUGAUCGUGGAGGAAGAGCAGGCGGUGAAUGGAGAAGAAGUGGUGGGUGGUGAUUUUCUGGUGGAGGAAGCGGUGAAUGAAGAUGAUGAGGUGGU